AUGGACAAGAACGAUACACGCUCUGAGCAGGAAAACGUUCCCGCGACCAACGAGAGGACUGUUCCCGGUGGAGGUACUAAAAAACAAGCUACAGUGACAUCUACCGCUCCUCUGAAUGGGGGUCAAAGCCACCAAAACUAUGCUCCCUGGGAGUACCGUGCUCCCCGCUUCAAUCCAAGCUACCUCGGAGGACAGGCCCGUCCUUACUCUGCAUAUGCGCAGGAUAACUAUCAAAAAUCAAACCAAUACCAUCCUACCCAUGCCUAUUCCGCUUCUUAUGCCCCAUCUUUGCGUGAUAACGAAUUGCCACCAAGAGUAAUUAGUUCUUCACAUGCUGAUGUCCCCCGCCCAUCCUACCCGUAUGCAUACCAGCAUUACCAACAAAGUUAUAACAGAGCACAAUCACAGUCGUAUCCAAAUCCAUUGCAUCUACAUAAGCCGAACUCACCGAUCUGGAACAGAAAAGCUGAUUCAGAAUUACGACAAACCGGGGCAUAUGCCGGAAUCCCACCUCCUGCAUACAACCUACCUCCACCGCCCGCAUUCUCGCAGAAGCUCUCCGGGACUUAUGAAACACGCACUCCUAACAUCAUAACAGGCGAUACAGAAAAGGAUCUGCGCGACCUGCUUUCCAGUAUUCCGGAUGAUGACGCGUCAAUAGAUAGCGAACAUCAACACAGCUGA